AUUUCGUAACAAGUCUCAUUAUUCUAACCUAUUGAAAACUGCAAUUAUUGAGUGUAGAAAUAUUACUAAUAAUUAAUGAUAAAAUUACUUCGAACGGUUCCAUGAUCUCGCGUGAUACAUUUUCCGUCAUAAAUACCACUAAUCGUUGCCAAACAGCACUAAUCACAAUGAAAUGAAAGUUAAACAAUUGUAGUCCCACUGAAGCACGCGGCAAGUAAAGAUUGUCCUUUCAUUGACUAACCUAUAUUCAGGAAACAAAAGUUAAGAAACAUUGUGAACCAACGAAUUUUGUAGGGCACGCGUUAUAGUUGUAUUAUAAAAUUAUAUAGUCCUGUCAACAAAUUCCUAUGAUUAUUUGACAGCUUUCAUACUUAAAACAUAGACUUAAGAUAUGUAGUACAGAUGUCACAUGUUAUGAAAUUUUUUAUCUACACCACGGAGGGUACCUUAAGACCUUCGUGCCUUUCUUGUGUCAUAUUCACGUCACUGUGAUGUGUCAGAUCUUGAGUCUAUGUACGUAGGUUCUCCGAAGGUUAUGUUGACGAAAUUUCGGUAAACAUUGUCAAAUUUUCAAGUAGUAGUGUUGAGGCGUCUCCUACUUUUUAAAUUUGAUCAUAUCUUUCGCUAUGUCUGCGAAUACGAAAUUUUUUGUCAGACCAAAAGUUAGGUUUUGCCAAAUUGAUGUCGAUGAAUCAAACACACAGGAAUUGAAACAUUCAGUUAAUCAAAAGAAUUUUGUCGAUACAAAUAAACCAAAAAUUAGAAGUAUUGUAACUCUAAAUAAGCCUGUUAUUUUAAUAAAAUCAAAUAAAUCUUGCUCCGAUCAAGAAAACAAAGACUUAAAGUCCACUAAUUCUAUUCAAAGAACUGACUUAUCAUCAGAAUCCAAUAAUGCAGUUUCUCCUUGCGCAAAAGAGACUUCUACUGUUGUGACUAAUACCUGUUGUAAUAUUGAAACUCCAUUACCAUUGAACAAUGUAAAUAAUACUCAGAAUAUCAAUGUACACUCUGAAGAGGCUGAUAAACUUAAAAGACCUGAUAAAUCUGUAAUCGAUUCUUUAGCAAGUUCUUCAGCAUCUAGUGUACAAGAGAAAGCUUCUAAUAAAGUGCCAAAGGCACAGAAUUCGGUCAAGACUAAUGUCAUAAAGAGAGAUAAGAAAGGAAAGGAGAAUAAUGCAUCACUUCUUAAGAAGGGUACCAAGAAUAAUGUCAAGAAAAGUUUGGAUUCGAAAAUGACACAAUGUAAAGUUAAACCUUGUUCAAAUAGUAUUAAUAGUAAAAAAGUAAAUAUAGCUAAACCAUCUGCUUCACUUGCAUCAAAAAGAUUAAAGUCAAAACCAACUGUCGAUGUUAUGCCAUGUUAUAAAUAUAAUACUGUUGUAUCAAAGAUCAAAACUUCCCCAGUAAAGAAGACCAUGGUACGCGAUAUAGUGGGUUCUAAAGUGAAACCUUACAUUGGCCCAGGAGUACCACGUAAAAGGCAGGACAUUCAGAAAGUUCCAGAGAUCAAAGAAAAAUCUCAUAUCAAACCGUGUACUUCUGGUGAAAAGUUGGCAAAACCAGAGUAUAAUUCUAUUAUGUGUACAAUUAAUAAAUUGAAUGAAAUAAAGAAACAGAGAAAUGUGGUUGAUUUUGAGCAUUUAUCACCUGCUUAUAAAAAUCUCAUAAAUGGAAAGAUUUCUAGUGCCUUGGACUUCCCUCUUGAUGAAGCUGUUUAUAAAAAUUUGGUGGACUUAUCUAUAGACGAGAAACAACUGCCUAGUAGACUGAUACGUAGCAAAGAUCCAGAACCAAGACAAAGAGACAUUGUGCCAGUACUUUCUGACUUCUUUAUACCAGAGUCCACUGAAGAAUAUUAUACUCCUGUUUCUAUUAAACCAAGGGCUGCGGAAACUGUAGACAGUUGGAGUGCUUUUAAAAUAAGUGACAAAAUAUUUGAAUGGAAACAUAGCUUGGACCAUGUAUAAUAUAGUCAUCCUUUUUUGUGUAUAAGUUAUUUAUUAAUUAGUAUUUGGAAAACACUUACUUUGGUAGAUGUAUCUUUUCAUAAAAUGUGACUUAUUUUUUAUACUAAUAAUGAUCAGAUAAAUUAUUUUAAUAAAAUUCUAUGAAUAUAUAUUGAAAUUUAAAUCAUGAUACGAAGCAAU